GUGGGCGUGUCAGUGAGAAAUUCCCACGGGUACCUCUAAUAGAGCCGUGGGAAAAUUCUGAAACACUCUAUAAACAAUAACGAAAAAACACGUGAAAAGCGUAAACAUGGUUAACGAUCAAAGAGAUGGGAUCCUUAUAUGGCAGAGUGAGAAGUCCACCUGCAUUCGUGCCUUGUCUGCAAGCCUAUUUUCACGAAAAAAUUCGAAGACGCGUGCGUCGCAAUGGCUGACGGCAACGAACCCCAACCUAAAAUUUCUGGCGAAGAGGAGGAAAACUACGUUGACAAGAAGCCGCCCUAUUCAUUCGUGGCUCUCAUUACGAUGGCCAUUAAAGACAGCGCCUUCGAGAAGGAAACAGUAAGCGGGAUUUACGACUACAUCACCUCCAAGUUUCCUUUUUAUCAGAGCGACCAAAAAGGCUGGAAAAACAGCGUCCGACACAAUUUGUCCAUGAACGAGUGCUUCGUGAAGGUACCAAAGGAGAUCUCAGAUGGCAGGAAGGGCCACUACUGGAUGCUGCACCCCGCUUUCAACGACAUGUUCGAGGAUGGCAACUACCGGCGCCGUCGUCGCCGCACUGCGAGGAGGCCCCAACGUAACCUUUCGAGUGUGGUCGUCCUGAACAACCCGACGCCGUACGUGAGCUGGACUAACUUACCCCAACCGAGCUUCAACCGUGCGGGUUCGUUCCACAGCUUCAACAACAUUCCUCCAGUGAGCCCCUACUUGACACAGGCGUACUGUGUGCCCAGCGCCGUCUACCAUCAACAGCCGGAUUUCGCGCCACAGCACUGGAACCAGUAUGGCGCCGUCGGCCCCAUCAUACCUGGGGCCAGCUCGUGGGAAUCCGGCUAUCAGCACUUGAGUGCCGUUUGGGGAAACUUCCAGAGAUGAGAAGAAGCAGGACGUUUAUUGAAAGAAAGAAAAAAGUUCAUAUUUGUAUUAUACAGCCAACUUCAAUAAUGUUUUUGUUCUUGCUGUAUGGUAUUUAAUUGUCUUUGGCUUCUGUGCCAUAGUUAAAGCACCUUACUUGAAAUGUUUCCAUGUUACCAAAUUUCA